CUAGCAUCCGCUGGCCUGACCGAGGAGCAGAAGGAAUUCCAAAAAGUUGCCUUUGAUUUUGCUUCCAAGGAGCUGGCCCCGCAUAUGGCAGAGUGGGAUGAGAAGGAAAUAUUCCCUGUGGAAGCAAUGCGGAAGGCAGCCCAGCUGGGAUUUGGUGGCAUCUAUGUGAAACCGGAUGUCGGUGGCUCCGGCUUGUCACGACUUGAUACCUCCAUAAUCUUCGAGGCUCUGUCAACAGGCUGCACCAGCACCACUGCCUAUUUGAGCAUCCACAACAUGUGUGUUUGGAUGAUUGACACCUUUGGGAACGAGGAACAGAGACACAAGUUCUGCCCGCCACUCUGUAGCAUGGAGAAACUUGCUUCUUACUGCCUGACUGAGCCAGGAAGCGGAAGCGAUGCCGCUUCCCUGCUGACCACAGCCAAGAGGAAAGGGGACACCUACAUCCUGAAUGGCUCUAAGGUACCUCUUUGCUCGCUCUAAGGGGGCCUGGAUCUCACAGGCCUUUCCCUUUCUAGGAAGCCCAUACUCUCCGCGCCAGGGUACGCGGGGCUCAGCUUCGGCAAGAAGGAGAAGAAGGUGGGCUGGAAUUCCCAGCCAACGCGGGCUGUGAUCUUUGAAGACUGCGCUGUUCCUGUCAGCAACUUGCUGGGAGCUGAAGGACGGGGGUUCAACAUUGCCAUGAAGGGGCUGAAUGGAGGCAGGAUAAACAUCGCUUCUUGUUCAUUAGGAGCUGCGCAUGCCUCUGUUCUUCUGACCCAGGAACAUCUCGGUGUCCGCAAACAGUUUGGAGAACCCUUGGCCAACAAUCAGUACCUGCAGUUCAAGCUGGCGGAGAUGGCCACGCGCCUGGUGGCAGCACGGCUCAUGGUGCGCAACGCAGCGCGUGCGCUGCAGGAGGGACGGGAGGACGCGCCUGUGCUGUGCUCCAUGGCCAAGCUCUUCGCUACGGACGAGUGCUUUGCGAUCUGUAACCAGGCUCUACAGAUGCACGGAGGCUACGGCUACCUGAAGGAUUAUGCCGUGCAGCAGUUUGUGAGAGACAUCCGAGUCCAUCAGAUCCUGGAAGGUACCAACGAGGUGAUGCGGAUGAUUGUGGCCAGGAAUCUGUUACAGGAGUGAAGCCAGGAGCUAUUCUCCAGCCUUCGUGCACUUCCUUUGCUGCAGCAUCAUCUGUUUCCCUCCUCUGAUCACCAGCUCUCCCCCAGGAAUUGGAGAGGGGGAUACCCAAGUGGAAACAGUGUGAAUUAUAUGACCCGGAGCGCAGCUGGAUGCCACCCACGUGCUAUCACAGCUGCACUCAGUGCCUGGCAGAGCUGCUGUCACUAGGCAAGUAUUGUGCAGCCUGAAGAUAUAAAUCACAGCAGUGAA